AUGGCCGUCGAAGAAGAUGCGGCGGCUGCACGGCGCCUGCAGCCGCCGCCGCCGCUGGGGAAAGCCCGAAGUGACAUGACAGUUGAGGAGAGGAUUGCAGCUGCAGACAGGAGAAAGAUUGAAGGCAAUGAGUAUUUCAAAGAAAAGCAACUUGAGGAGGCCAAGCAGCAAUAUGAAAUGGCAAUUGCGUACAUGGGAGACGAUUUCAUGUUUCAAUUGUUUGGGAAGUACAGAGACAUGGCCUUGGCUGUCUUGUCAGAGGACGAAAGUAAUGUGAAAGCACUGUUCAGGCAAGGAAAAGCUAAAUCUGAACUUGGCCAGACAGAAUCCGCCAGGGAGGAUUUCCAGAAAGCAAAGAAAUACUCCCCAGAAGACAAGGAGAUCCUUCGGGAGCUCCGGUUGCUCGCGGAACAAGACAAGGCUCUGUACGAAAAGCAGAAGGAGCUGUACAAAGGUCUCUUUGGGCCAAGGCCUGAAGUGAAACCAAAGAAGGCAAACUACCUGGCUAUUUUCUGGCAGUGGCUGGUGUCCUUGAUUCGUUAUCUGGUUCGGAUGUUCAAACAUAAGAAUGAGUUUACCUGGAAAUUGUUUAGAAUUGGUGCUCGAGAUUCCGUGGCCAUGAUGACCAACCUUGUACUAUAA